AGAAAUAUGGCUGUUCGCGUUAUUCGUGUUUCUGUUUACAUUUCUUCUUUACUUUUUGUCGGAAAACGAAAGUAGUUCAAAUUUUUGCUGACAACGGAAGAUUUAUAUUUUGUUAAGUUGUGCGUUUGUUUUUGGGUACUACUAUUUUUUGCUUUGCGAAUUGAAAAAGACAAGUUUAUUUAACUAGAGAGGUACUAGAAGUGUGUAUACAGCCGAAUGGUGUAUGUCAUUUACAAUAAAACCCGCUGUAAAAAGCGUAGGAGCUUUUGCGUUUUGUUUAGUCGUACACUGGCACUGCACAAGGAGCAAGACUACACGAAACACCUCCAGUGUGCUGAAUGAGUGAUUUUGUAAAUAUUAUGAAGGUUAAAUCUUUUUUUUUUUAUUAAUAACAUAUUGAACAGAUGACAAGAGUGUUUAUAUUUGUUCUUCGCUGUAUUUUUUCAACAAUAAAUGUAAAGUAUCGCUGUAUUAUUAAGCCGGAAAUGUAACGAGUGAACCGAUUUAUACUGCAACAUUAAAUAGUUUGGGGCUCGGCUGUAAUAAUAUACCAUUUAAUUAUUGUUAGUUUUUUUGCACAUCAGACUCGUGUGAAUAUAAAGCCAUACAAAAUAUAUUUCAGUUAUGCCAAAUGUUAACUUGUAAUAUCCUUAGAAUAUAUUUUUGUUGAAGCAUAUAAGCAGCAUUCCAUAACUGCAAAUUAAUGAAACUAUUGAUAAUUAUAUAUUUUUAGCUACCAAAUGACAAUACAUGAUUUCCAUUGCGGUUUUAUUAAUAGUUCCCUUUAUUUCAGAACAGCUUAAUGAAAAUCGAUCUCGCCUCGUGAUUUGCAUUUAAACCCAGUUUUUUUCCACGGUUUGAGAUUUAAAAAUAUAAUUAAUUAAAAAGUCCGUCUCUUCUGAACACGUCGGAGCAUGAGAUAGCAUUUAGCAGAAGAUCCUGUGAUUUAACCUUUUUUUUGUCUUUGGCUCGGUGCCUCUCCGAAACUGCUUCUGUAAAGAUGUUCGGAGAUUUGUUCGAGGAGGACACAGUGGCCUUUGUGGGGGAUUGUAAGGGCUCCAAUGUUAAGAAAUCCCGAGUGAAUGACGCUGAGCCCCCGCCGCCGAGAGGAGCAGUCACCCUGAGCGGAAUCAAGAACCAGGGUGGCACCUGCUACCUCAACUCGCUGCUCCAGACCCUGCUCUUCACCCCGGAGUUCAGAGAGGCGCUGUUCAGCCUGGGCCCAGAGGAGUUGGGAACUCUGAGCGACCGGGACAAACCAGAGACCACCGUGCGAGUCAUCCCCUUGGAGCUGCAGAGGCUGUUUGCUCGCCUCUUGCUGGUAGAUCAGCAGGCUGCAUCCACCUCUGACUUGACCGAUAGUUUCGGCUGGAGUAGCAAUGAGGAGAUGAGCCAGCAUGAUGUUCAGGAGCUCAACAGAAUCCUCUUCAGUGCUCUGGAGAGCUCCCUGGUGGGCACCUCGGGAAGUGACCUCAUCAACCGCCUGUACCACGGGACUGUGGUCAACCAGAUCGUGUGCAAGGAGUGUGGCAACACCAGCGAGAGACAGGUACACAAUCUGCGAGAGGAGGACUUUCUGGACCUGACGGUGGCUGUGAAGGGGGUGAGCGGCCUGGAGGAGGCGCUGUGGAGCAUGUUUGUGGAGGAGGAGCUCUUUGAGGGAAACAAUCUGUACCGCUGUGGAGCCUGCAGCAAGCUGGUCACUGCAGCCAAGUCUGCCAAGCUGCGGAAGCUGCCCCCCUUCCUGACGGUGUCUCUGCUCAGGUUUAACUUCGACUUUGCCAGGUGUGAGCGCUACAAGGAGAUGGGCAGCUACACGUUCCCAAUAAGAAUAGACCUCAGGCCUUUCUGCGAGCAGGUCGCGGGGGCAGCUGACUCAGACUAUGAAUAUGAACUCUUUUCUGUUAUUAUACACAAAGGUGGCUGUUACGGGGGGCAUUACCACGUGUAUAUCAAAGACCUCGACCGGCUGGGGCGCUGGCAGGCUCCUGAGGAAGAGAUCAAGUCAAAAGUGCCUGUCAGCGGGGUGAGAGCUCCUGAUCCCAUCCUGGAGAUGGGGGACCCCCUGUCUGUGCUCAAAGCCAUACUGGCCCAGGAGGCCUCUCUCAGUGUGCGUGUGGACCAGCUCGGUCAGAAGGUGAUGGAGACUGUGGGGGUUUCGUGGAACAAGAGAUUCCGUAAGAGCCACGGACCAGUCUGGAAGUUCUUACAGCAGCACCCCGACGUCUUCCUCUUGGACUCAGAUGGCUCUCGGGUUCAUCUCAAACAGAGCAAGGCCCCGAGUCCUGAGCAGGGGUCCCAGGAGAUGGGGGAUCAGGGGGAUGGAACCCCGGAGGAGCCUGUAGAGUCACACAGCACCCCUCCACACCCCUGGUUUGAUUUCAACGACUCGAGCGUGCAGUCCAUCACGGAGCGGGACAUGGAGAAGCAGUUCCAGGGGAAGGAGAGUGCCUACAUGCUGUUCUACAGGAGAGCAAGCCUGAAGAGGCCGGAGGAAGCCAGAGGGAACCCACGGUACAAAGUCCCGGAGCACUUGCUGGAAGAGGCUGAGGCAGAGAGCAGAGAGCUCCAGAGAAAGAGAGCCGAGUUUGAUUCCGUCAGCAACACAGUGGAGCUGCGACUGCACCUGGGACCCCAUUACCGCCUGCAACAUGGGGCGCUGCACCCAGCCUCCCCACCACAGGACAGCCUGCUUAGACUGGCCUUUGACCGCAGGAAGUGUGUGGGAGACCUGAGGCAGGCGGUAUACCAGCUCCAGGACUCGUGGGAGGGGGACAUGACGCUCACAGUUGCUAAGAGUUUACCUGCUGGACUGCACCUGUAUGACACUCUCACUGAUGACCAGCAGUCCCUGCACAGCUCGGGCCUCGUGGACGGGUCAGACCUCUUUGUGUGGAAUGGCAGAGAGGUUUGCGGAAAGUCGGUGCGAGUGGGAGCGGAAUCCCAGCCGGUGCUGCUGAGCAUUGUGUGUCCUGCAGGGGGUGUUGGGGGCGAGGCGCUUCUCUCAGAAACUCCCCAGGGGUUCCCUGCAGACUGCAAGCUGGGGGAGGUGUGCGUGGAGCUGGCCCGACAGACAGGCUCUGAGCUGGGGGAGCUGCUGCUGUGUUGCUGGGAGGAGAAGCAGAGCCCACACUGGAGAGUCUACCCUCCUGCAGACCUGAACAAGACACUGAGCCAGCUGACACUGCGCGACGGGGACGCUCUGCUAAUGCUGCACUCACAGGCGCUGGACUGCAGGCUGUUCACCCGGAAUGGAUACACGGUUACUGUGGGAACGCCCUUGGAAUGCGGCUGGCUGCAGGUAGAAUACUCCUCCCAUCCACAAGAGGGCAGCAGAGUGGCUACAGUGCCUGCUGAAGGAGACACAUUGCUAUCUGAGAUCAAGCAGAAGGCCAUUGAAGAGCUGCAGCUUGUAGACCUGGCAGGAAGUGACUGCUGUCUCAGGCUGAUGGACAGAAACUUGAAGCUCCUCCCUCCAGUGCGGGAGGAUGUCAGUGUGAGAGAGGGGGGAGUGAAGCUCGCCAGCACCUUGUUUCUGUGUCACGGCCCGCCCCUCACAAACACACAGCUGUUCCUGUACUACACCAUGGGGUCCAACCCCCAGGAUGGUCCUGAGAUGGAGAUGGUGGUGGAGGAGAGCACUACCGUGAGAGAGUGUCUGAAGCAGAUGCUGGAAAUCGCUGGUCUAGAAGGAGAGUGCUGGCACUUAAGGAAAAUGGACUGGUGCUAUGAACUAGGGGACCCACUGAGCGAGGAGGAUGCCUCGCUGGCAGAGCUGCAGAUCAGCAGUGGAGACACCCUGGUGCUGACAGAGGGACGACUGCCCCCCAAGGGUUUCCUUAAGCUGCCAGUCUGGCUCUUUGCGUCUCUGAAAAACGGAGUUCACUCGGAGACAGGGAGAGACGGGGAGAGAGAGACAGAGCUGAACAACAUCACUGAGCAGAUCUGUGUGCACAGCAUCUCCACUGCAGAGUCCUCAGAAGCAGCUUUGCAGUACGUGGGAGGCGUAGAGAUCUCAGGGGAGGCCACACUGGAAGAUCUGAAGACACAGGUCCUGACGCUGCCCGGCCUCCCUGAUCUGUGGGUCCCAUCACCAGGGUUCCUGCGAGUCUGGGUGCUGGAGAGCAAGCGCCCCUGCAGGAUCCUGAGAGGAAACCAGCAGCACAUCAACAGUUUAAAGCUGGGCAGCGGGACUGAGAUCGCCAUCCAGGCCCUGGCGAAGGAGGAGAACUUGGGGCUCCAGGAGCUGCUGCUGUACCUGCAGGUGGGAGUUCCUGGGGAGCGGCUGUACUACCCAGCGGAGGAACUGGUCUGGGACACCAGUAGAGACAGCAGCUCCCAGGCCCUUCGCCAGGCCAUUGCCAGCCACUACUCCCUGCCCCCCGACAAGACUCUCAUCGCCAAGUACUGCCCAGACAAAAGCCACUGGAUGCCCAUCUCUAGCUGGAGCCAGCAAGUGUCGAGGAAAAAGAAGAAAAAACGGCAGCCCGAGAGCCUGCAGGGGGCGCCCUUUCACCUGCGGGAUGGAGACUUGAUCGGGAUCAAGAACCUCUUGAUUGACAGCAACCGAGACUUCAGCACGGAGAGAGACGAUGCUGAGAAAGAGAAGCUGAGACGGGAGGCUGAGGACAAAAAGAAAAGCAAGGGGCAGGGUGUGCGCUUUCACAGCGACGAAGCUGUCACUGAUAAGAAGCCUCCUACACAAAACAGAAGACCGGAGGUCCCGCUCUCCAUCAAUGUGGGGGUCUUCAGAUAACACAGCCCCUCGCCUACAGCAGUGCAACCCCCCUCAAUAGUGCCAUAGUUCUGAGCUAAAGAGAACUCAGACCUGCAGCUGGAUUUGAGAAGCUGAUUGCAGUGUGACCAAUCCGCUCAGCCCCACGCCUUCACUGUGCUUUGUAAGUCUUUGCUGCUACUGCCUCUGCUGCAGGUAUUGUACUUGGCGAAUAUGAUCACAUGAACCCCGAUUAGAGCAAAUGUAAAACACUGACCCGCUUCACCACAGCCAAAGCUACCUUUUCUGCUGUGCCACAGUCACAACAGAAACAUUAUAUUGUCUGUUUUUUUUUAUCAAUUUCCAACCACAUAAGAAACUACUGAUCCAAUCCAGGUGAAACACAAGUAAUAGCGCCUACAAAUAAGUGCAUAACAAAAAUGAUUUCUCAAGUAAGAGUUUUUUUAUACAUUGAGUGUUACACUGCGAUCAGUGAGUUCAGACGGGUCAGGCAUUGUAAUUCCACUCCACAUCCGUACCCUCCUUCAUAAAGAGAUCGGAAUAGGAAGGAAUGGUUGUUUAUUUCUAGGUUACAAUGUGCUGUUGCAACCUUUUAACAUUAUAAGGAAGCGGAGACCUGUGGUCGGUGAUGUCUGGAUGGAACUGUUAAACUAUACUGAUAGUUGACCACAGUGGUGGGUGUGCCUCUGCAAACUGAAAGGGGCAGAAGCAAGUCGGCAGGGGGAAAGCAUGUGCUUAUAUUUGCUUUAAUACGGUACAAGGGAGUUCUGACAAAGCUUUAUGUGCCAGAUAGAAAGCUCUAGUAUUGAGUUCCACAUUAAUAUACCAGGGCUGCUACUGAGGAGAACACACUCCUAACCAGACUGAAACGUGAGAGGUGUUGUGUGGUUUCCUGAAUCUUUACUGACAGAUACUGUAUCUACCCCUGCCAUUUCAUUGUCUACAGAAUCACUAUUGUCCAAACUCCAACCAAAUAACUCUUUAGUUAACAUCGAAUGCACUCGGUCACAAACUGAGGCGAAACUUAAAAGAAACUAAGUCAAGUAGACUUCUUUAGCCAAAACGUUGGACUGCUUGAUGUGGUGGGUUUUUUUUUUUUUUGUAUGUUUUGCUCUGCUCUUAACAGCCACGCUGGGGGAGUGUAGAGGGUGAGAACCUUAGCCAUUUAGGAUUAGGCCUGCACAGUAUAAGCUGCAGGGUAGGAUCCAGGAUUCCUUGCUCUACGGACUGAAAGUGAAAGCAACACAAAGUGGAAAAGCCUGUACACACAAGAAAUAUGACAAAUAGGAGAAAUGGAAGAGGUGAUCUUUUUUUUCUUCAAAGGCGGGGGGGGGCCUUUAUAUUUAAAAAAAAAAAAAAAAAAAGAUUUUAAUUUCUUUUUCAAAAAUUAAAAAAUGUGUAUUAAACAAGUGCUGACCAAGUCUUUAAAACCCCAUUGAAAUUCAACUCUAAUGUUAUGUUUUUUUUUUUUUUAUAAACAUUCCUAGUUCUACACUAGGUCUUUCGUGAGUUGCCAUUGUUGUUGCUUGCUGGUAUCUGUGCUUCCUCUAUGAGCCUCACCCCUGUCUCUACUGCAGAUUAAACUUCAACAUUAUGGAUCAAUUAUUUAUUUUAGGAUUUGGUAACGAAAGUUAAUGAACCUGCCAAAACUUUUGUCACAUAUACACACUGAAAUGUUAAGUUGAAUAUCACCAUAGAAUACUAAAAAGUGGGUGGAUUUUAAUAUUUUUUCACAGUAAAAAUUGCUUCACUUGUUUGAGAUUUUUGUUCAACCAAAUGGCAUUACAUAUUGAUGUAAUCUAAAUGAAUGCACUACAAGAUGACGAUUUCUAGUUUUGGUGAUAAUCGAGAUGGUAGCCUAGUGGCUCCUUUUCAGUUUGCAUUGAAUCUUCAGUUUCAGAAGCAGCGCUGUCAUCUCUUGAUCACUGACAAAUAAGCGUGUAACAAAUUAUAUUAUAAUAAAGGUGGUUUAUAAAA